UACAAUAGAGCUUCUGUCAACAAACGGCCAAUGCUUUCAUUCCUUCCCGAAACCGGUGACUAGCCUGGCCUACUUUUCGAGUGACCUGAUAAACAAGAAUCGUUGACGCGAUAUCAGUCUGUAUUCCGACUCCCUAUCAACCCGUGUGGUAGAGUGGUAUAUGUGGCCAGUGUAUUCAGGUGUGGGGUGGAGGAUGGAUGUACCUUUAGGCUGUGUGGUUCUGUCAAUUCUUUGUUUCUUCUGUGGAAUACAUACAAUAUCAGGUGAAGUGUGUUAUCAAAACCUGACAGCAACGGACAACCCCCAGAUUUUCACCUCGCCUGGAUAUCCAUUAAAAUAUGCGCCCAAUCUUAGAUGCAUGUGGCAUAUUCGUGCAUCAGACCCAACCAAGGUGGUUGUUCUGGAGACGUUGGACUCGAUGAUUCAUACUUCUAUCGAUUGCAGAGAAGAUACUGCAAGCGUAUUUAAGGGCCCAUCUGCUCAACUCUCCGUAAUGGUAAGGAAGUGGUGUGGGGACCUUCGAUACUACUUAGACGCCUCCAAUAGCUACUUCCUGUUCUUCCGCAGUAAUUCCAAGUAGGAGAACAGAGGAUUUCAAGUCCGCUACUACCAAGCGUCGGGCAGUGGACCAUGUAACCGUGAUCUUGUGGCUACCAGAAAUGCCCAGGACCUGAUAUCACCUGGAUACCCCGUGGGAUAUUUCCAUGACCUAUCAUGCAUCUACACCAUCCGGGCACAACAAUCGACUGACCGGAUACAGAUAGACGUGGUGGACAUGCAUAUUGAGAACUCUCUCACUUGUGAAGAUGACAACAUUACUAUCGUUGAUCCAAUUCUUGCAGCACAUGUUGUGGGGACUAUCUGUGGGCAAAUGACACCGUCAUAUCAGAGCAGUGGACCUAACCUUCAGAUAACGUUCAACUCGAACAGUGUCAAGGAAACCAAAGGUUUUAUGAUCAAAUACAAGAGCAUUUUAAAUUCAGACUGUCGAAAUGAUAAGCUGAUCGCGACUGAUGUUGAUUCCUACCUUGUAUCACCAGGCUAUCCCAGUCGUUAUUACAGCAACCUUGCGUGUAGAUGGACAAUAUCAAGUAAUGACCCACGAAGAACGAUAGAGGUCGAGGUCAUGCAUGUAGGAAUAUCCGGCACACCUCCCGCCUGUAACGAUGACAAACUUGAAGUGGAUUACCUUCAUUCGUCCUCGCCAAACGAGGUGAUAUGCGGUUCAAGUACCCCGACGCAAAGAUUUGUUAGCAUGGGUAACACUUUGCUAAUCACAUUCACUUCAGACAGUGCCAACGAAGGCCAAGGAUUUUAUAUACGAUAUCGUCAGGUACAAGGCAACACAUCUUCUGCCUCCUGUAAUCAGACAUUGACUGCAACUGGAACAGAACAGGUUCUUACAUCCCCUGGAUAUCCACACAUUUCACUCAUGUCACAAACCUGUUCCUACACUAUAAGGGCACAAAGCGGUUAUCAUAUCAGAGUGACCCUGAAUGACCUGGAUAUUGAACGCGCCAGAGUCUGCCGAUAUGACAGCUUGGCAAUAUCAGACGGUACGUCGACUCUGGAUGAGUUAUGGUGUGGGAAAAGUGCUGGAGAGGUUGUGAACAGUCAGAGGAACGACAUCACAGUGACCUACAGUAUAGAUAACUCCAACAAUGGACAUGGUUUUUCCCUGAAGUACUCCGCAGUCAGAGAAACUGCAAGCAGCGUACAGACAAUGACAUUGCCCACACGAAGCACUCCACUCUACCUGUCUUCUCCUGGAUUUGAAAAGCGAUACCCUCGAGGCAUCACCUACACCUACAUCUUAACUGCCGAUCCUCGACAACAAAUAAGAUUGCGUGUAAAGGAAUCGUAUCUUCGUUACAACACAGCGAACGGAGCCUGUCUCAGCCAAAGGGUCAGGCUUUAUGACGGCCCAUCUUCAGCCAGUUUACAGUUAAAGUCUAUGAACACAAGGCAAUACGGCUGGUGUGCCUUGGACUUGCCAGUCUUCGUCAGCAGCAGCAACUACAUGACCAUGGCGUAUAAAACAUCCAAUUCUGCAGACCAUGCGAGAAUUGGCUUUGUUCUAACGUAUGAGCACGGGAACUUCAAUGAUAUGUAUCCAUAUACGUGUGGCGGAAUAUACCUGGCUUCAUCACAGGGGACCGCAAUCACCUCACCAAACUACCCACAGAACUACGACAGUAACUUGAUCUGCAAGUGGAUCAUUUGGGCGGCUUCGAAUACGACCGAGAUCAGACUUGCUGGCAACUUCUCCCUUGUGGGCGGCAUUGGUGCUAACUGUGGUGGAGAUUAUCUGACCGUGUACGAUGGGGCCGCGGAACCAACUAACUUUUUGAGCAAGUUGUGUGGGACAAGCUCUGAUACUCUUCAGUCGACCGGGAACCUUCUUACUAUUGUCAUGAAAACUGAUUCAGGCUACAACGGGAAAGGAUUUAGGUUCUUGUUUUACGAAACUACAGAUCCCCUUCCAUGUGGUGGCUCUCUGGCGGCGUCGUUGACGAAUUCUUACCUCCGACAAAGGAUUCGCCCAAACACUUCAUGUGAAUGGGUAUUUACAAGAGAAUCAAACGAUACCUACAUCAAACUUAAACUGUUAAGUUAUGAUAUCGGGAUGCGGAACAACGGCACGUGUGGCGCGGAUCAUGUAGCAAUAUAUGAUGGUAACUCUGAAGCAAGUACCCGUAUCGCUUUAUUGUGUGGAUACAGGUCAGUUGCAACUUUCGUUGGAACUGGUGGUCAGAUGAUGGUCAAGCUGGUGACAGGAGCGUCCCCUGUAGGAUAUGGCUUCAAUAUAGAAUACAGCUCAUCGGCCGCAGAAAGAUGUUCCACAAAGGAUCGCAGGGCUACAGGACUUGUGGCUUACCUUCAAUCUCCCUCAUAUCCCAAUCAAUAUGAAUCGAAUCUUCGCUGCACAUGGCUCAUCGACACUGGCAAAGCGGACUAUAUAGUUAUGUUUAACAUCCUGCUAGCAAGUAUUGUCUACUCGGACGGCUGUAAGGAUGACUAUCUGGCAGCCUAUGACGGCAUGUCCGAGGCAAGCAGCGUCCAGUUGGGUAAAUGGUGUCAGAGCGUUGACAGAACAGAGACACAACAUUCAACUCAACAAUAUGUGACCAUUGUCUUUCACACAAACGAAGAUGUGUCCGGUGGUGGCUUCAGGCUGAGUUACUGGAGAGAUGCCAAAGCCAUAGAAGGUGGCUCUGGAGCUCUUGGUACAAACGUUGGAGCAAUUGUUGGAGGGAUCUUUGGUGGCCUCAUACUUUUGGCUGUCGUCAUCGUCGUCAUCGUCUGUGUGGUCAAAAGGCCUCUGUCCAAAGGUGCGAACAGUUCCUAUGGAGGAGGUCAAGCCGCUCCUGCCGUGACGUACCAGCCACAGCGUGCAACUGCGUAUAUGCAUCCACCGUCCACUAGUCCUAAUGCAUAUGCUUACGACAAUCGAACGUACAAUGCAAUACCGCAUGACCAUUUCCCUCAAUAUAACGCGCAUCCAAAACACCAAGGAUCAAACUACAAAGUUCAGGAUCAUGAGUAUUCUCAACCAGGACCUGUUCAUGAUCAUGAAUAUGCUCAUUUAGGACAUGUUCAAGGGCAUGAUUAUUCUCGGGCAGGGCCUAAUCAAGCAAAUACAUAUUCUCAGCCACGGCCUGUUGAGCGGGAUGAAUAUUCUCAGGCAGGGCCUUUUGAUCGGGAUGAAUAUUCUCAGUCAGGGCCUGUUGAGAGGGAUGAAUAUUCUCAGUCAGGGCCUGUUCAACAAAAUGGGUAUUCACAGGCAAUACACAUGAGCCCUCCGAGAUAUGACGACAUACAAUCAGCGGGCAACAACGAUCUGAGUGUCUCUUACAUUUGAGUCUUCAUCAAAUCUAAAGCAGAAAAAACACUCCUGGUGUAUUCUGAUACGAGCUGUAUCUGAAGAUGACAUUUAGUUAUAAUGUGAACACAUAUAUACACCCAGGAACAUUUGACUGUAAAACACACAUGUGCAUCUAUGUGACCAGGAGAUUUUAAACCCAAAAGAACAACUUGUACAUUAGCCAAAAUAGUUCAUAUUUGUCGGACAAGAGGUGUUAUAUUUUUAUCAUCAUAUGUUUUGUAAUUGUCAACCUCGGUUGUAAACAUUCGAGUCCUUCAGUUUUCGCCCACGUUCCCGAAAUCGUUUUUAAUUUUAUAACUGUUUGAGAUAUUACUAUUUAUUUGCAUACAUUUUGUGUAAAAUAUAUGUAUAUUAUUCUUGUAAUUAAAUGUAUCAUCUUAAUAUUUAACAGCUAUGGUUGGUUCCAGUGAUCGGCUGAAGUAGUCUCUCGAUCUACUGGUGCUCAGUCUUCAAAAGUAGCUCAGUUCAUUCCGAAAUUAGUUUAUGGUUUAAAUCCAAUAAAACAAAACUUUUUCUUCUAGAAUACUUACGUAAACACUUUGCUCGAAAUAUUACUUGGUAUAUUACAUCCAUCUAAAUUACUGUCAUUUCAUAUAUUUGGUGUUUAAUCGCAUUCUUCUCGCUCGAGCUAUUGGCGUCGUCUGCUACAUGUAUUUCCGGAAGUGACGUCAGCUGCAGAAAUAACAGACUCAACGUAAGUUGUUUGGCCGAGCGAAUUUACAGUAUAGAUUCCAUGGACGUUUAUUAUAGUUUUUUUAAUUAUAAUAAUUACAUUAGUGCAUCGUAAUUAUUAUUUUAAUUUAUAUUGUCUGUUCUGCUCGAUUAUUUACACACCGCCGUCAUAUUGAUGGGAUAUUGCUGAGUUGGUGUCAGACAAUAAACAAACGUAAUAUUAUGUAUCAACUGUUACAUAAACGGGUGAAAUAUCAACCAGUUUUCCCAUCUACAUGUGAUAAAUACUUGUAUUAUUUGUUAUUAAACACGUGAAGCAUCAAUAGGUGAUAUUAUCCAAGUUAUAAAUACAUAUAUUGUUAUUAACCGAGUGAAACAUAAACCGACAAAGGAGACACAAUUUAUGGGUGAGCAUAAACCGGUUUCCAACCUAUGUUGUACAUAUAGAGAAUCUCUCUCAAGUGUCUUUUGAUAUCAAAUAUAUAUUUUCCACAGUUGCUAAAAGUGGAGAAACUCCGAGGCUUGCCGGGGAGUUUUUUCCACUUUUAUCAGCGAGUGUUGAUAUAUUGAUAUCAGAAGACACGCGGGUGAAAUUGUAUUCAUCAUCCGACAUCAUUCUGCCAACCUUUUCAGUUUGUAGAAAGUAAUAACAGUGUCUGAAGUGUAAAAAGUACUGCUAACAGCUUCAGUAGCAGAGCCAUUAGUGGUGUCAUUUGAUUGUGACGUCAUGGUAACCAGGAAUGUCACUAUGGUCUACAAAUCAUUGUGAUGCAAUUUCAUUGCAGCGAUAUCUACAAUGUAGCUAUCGCAUGAUCUCACCCAAGCGAUAUCUCACGUGGGAGCCAGUUUGGGAUGAUAAAUAUGUGUUAUGCAUCAGCUAUUAGUAACCGAGUGUUCCUUUGCAUCCAUGUUAAUAAUAAAUAUAUGUACUAUGUAUCAACUGUUUUUAAACUAGUGAAACAUCA